GACAACACCACAACAGUAAUCCAGCAGUAAUCACCACGAUCCAUGAUCACACGAUCACUACCACGUGAUAACCGUUCAGUGUCAACAUCAACAAAUGCAAGCAAAAACGCGACAAGCCCUCAACUGCCUCAACCACGACCGCCUCGACACUGGCACACUGGCACGUCUUGUGCUUUUGCCUUUUGCUUCAUUCGGUCGUGCUUUUGCUUCGCGUUGUGCCUCCUUCACAGUCUUGUGAACCAUUUUAUGAAGCUGACUUGAAUCCUUGAGCUAACCAUAGCCCUUCGUAUGGAAGGUAUGGAACCGCCUCCGACAGCGUCCCCGUGGGAUGGUGUUGGUGCUGCACUAUUAGAGGAGACCAGCUGCCUACUGAAAGCCACCAAUGAGAUCUGGUUCAGAUGCUAUUCCUGCACCCAUGCCACCAGAGACCAGCAUGAAAUUGUGAGCCACCUGGUUGCCCAUGGUGAUGAAGAACAAUUCAAGUGCCAGCAUACUCCCAUGUUAUCUGGCUGUAGGUCCAAAGUGCACAGCAACACUGAGAAGGACAAAGGAAAUAAGUUAGAGUGCCCCACGUCUCCAAGAAUGCACCUAGAAAAGCAGCUCUGUGGGAUUUAUGUACAGAGACCUCAGGAGUGUCCCAAAACCAUUAAGAAUUGCUCUACCGCAAAAGACCACAUUCAAAAACACACAGGUGAAAAACCUUACAAGUGUGGGCAAUGCCUCAGAGCCUUCACUCAGGUUUCAGAUCUGGCUGUCCACAUUUGUAAGCAUACAGCUGAGAAAUCUUAUAAAUGCAAGCUAUGCCCCAAUGCAUACACUUGUCUUUCAAGCCUGACUGUCCACAUUCGAGCACAUACAGGUGAGAAACCUUACAAAUGUAAGCAAUGUUCCAAAGCGUUCCCUCGGCUGUCAACCUUAACUAACCACACUCGAACACACACAGGUGAAAAACCUCACAAAUGUGAGCAAUGCCUCAAAGCCUUCACUCAGUCUGCACACCUGACUCGCCACAUUCAAAUGCACAAAGGUGAAAAACCUUACAAAUGUGAGCAAUGUCUCAAAGCCCUUACUCGGCUUUCAGAUCCGACUGUCCACAUUUGUAAGUAUACACCUGAGCAACCUUAUAAGUGCAAGCUAUGCACUAAUGCAUACACUUGUCUUUCAAGCCUUACUGUCCACAUGCGAGCACAUACAGGUGAGAAACCUUACAAAUGUGAAGAAUGCUCCAAAGCCUUCACUCGGCUCUCAACCUUAACCAACCACAUUCGAACGCACACAGGUGAAAAACCUUACAAAUGUGAACAGUGCCUCAAAGUCUUCACUCAGCCUGCACACCUCACUCGCCACGUUCAAAUGCACAUAAGCGAAAGACCUUACAAGUGCGAGCAAUGCCCCAAAACUUUCACUCGGCUUUCAGAUCUGACUGUCCACAUUCGUAAGCAUACAGCUGGGAAACCUUAUAAAUGCAAGCUAUGCAACAAUGCCUACACUUGUCUUUCAAACCUGACUGCCCACAUUCGAGUGCAUACAGGUGAGAAACCUUACAAAUGCGAGCAAUGCUCCAAAGCCUUCACUUGGCUCUCAGCCUUAACUGAUCACAUGCGGCUGCACACAGGUGCAAAACCUUACAAAUGCAAGCAAUGCCCCAAAGCCUUCAUUCGGCUUGCACAACUCACUGACCACAUUCGAAUUCACACCGGUGAAAACCUUACAGGUGUGAGUGAUGCCCUAAAGCCUUCACUCAGCCUGCAGACCUGACUUUCCACAUUCAAAUGCAUACAGGCAAACAGCCUUACAAAUGUGAGCAAUAUCCCAAAGCUUUUGAUCAUAUAAUAAAAGCCUAGUUUUCCACAAUCGAAAGUACAUACGGUAGGUCAGAAACCUUAAAAAUGCAGCAUCCGCAGCUGAACCAUGGACAAAAAGCCUUACAAGUGCGAGCAGUGCUCCAAAUCCUUCACUCGGUGUUCAUCCUUGACUGUCCACAUUCAAAUGCAUACAGGUGAGAGACCUUACAAGUGCAAGCAAUGACCCAAAGCCUUUGUUAGAAAUAGCAGUCUCGUUGGUCACUGAAACACACGUGGGUGAAAAACCAACAGAUGAGGUUGACAAAAACAAAGGGCAAGCAUGCAACGACACUGGCAGGGAAUAGGCAUUUCAAAUGUCAGCAGUGUGCCAGAACAUAUUUGGACUGCCAAUAUGGUUGGUCACGUGCAACAAACCACGCCUGCAAAACAUGAGUAGUGUUGGCAUUGCACGUAAGCCUUUCGUUGGAACGCAACCGUUUUUGUGUACAUAAAGGUAUAGGGAAGUGGAGGAUGAUUUGAAGCCACUAGUGGUCAAGCAGCUGGUCAGCCCUGAUGGCAAACAUUCUGUUAAGCUUUUUAAUGAGAUGGGUCAGAGCAGCCAUGUCUCAAGGAAUCCAAACUCAGCCAUGCUUCUGUUUGGAUUAGAGUUCUUUGCAUUGUUGCCUAAAGUAUUUUCUUUUAGAAUUGUGUAACACACUUGCAAACAUACCUUCAUUGUGAUGAUUUGUUUUACUUUCCUCACUUUUCUCAGUGUCUGCAGGCAAUAAAUGUGUGACCAGA